ACAGUCCGACUGUGUUUCAAAGGAUUACAGCCGCCAGUUAAGAGACAUUGAUCGUGAAACAGAGUCUACUCAGUGUGCGCAUAGAUUAGAUCGAUUUAAGACAUGUCUGGUUGCACCUCAGACACAGGAGGCCUCCCGACCUGCUUCUGUUGAGUGUGCCGCAUCAAAAACUGCCCUUUCAAACCCUGAUAUUAUCUCACGCAAACAUCAGUUCGAUCACAAACAAAAUAAAAGCCACAAAGAGGUGAACCUCAGUGACACAGGAAUGGAUCAAACAGAUAUUUUUGCACCACCUGACCAUCACGGGGCAAAGCUACCAGAAUAUCCCUCAGAGAAAUACUGCCUAUUCAACACAAACAGUUUUGGCAUCAGUUCAAAGGGGGUCUUUGACCUGCCAUCCCGACCACAGCACAGAGUGAACCAGAGACCAGACGAGACAACAACAACAGCUUCCCCUUCACGACACCAACCACAUUACUCUCCAGCAGACAGAGCAUUUAUCAUGGAGGAGCCAGAGGACCCCUAUUACGUCACCAUGUAUUACCCGGGUUCAGUGUACGUGGACAUGUCAGACGUAGUUCCUCCAGAGGUGAGACCCAAACCGGCCGUCCCCGCCAAGCCCCCAAAUGUGGGGGCUCCUUCCCCCUCCAGCCCCUUCCCACCCCAGGGCCCGGGCAUCGGAGGUGGCGGCGUUUCAGCUCCUCCUCCGAGUGCCAUUCCAGUCGCGAUCGGCAGUCACGGCAGCCACGGUGUGAGUCAUAAUGUGGGUCACGGUGUGGGCCACGGUGCGGGCCAUGUUGGGGGUCACACUGCAGCACAUAAUGGAGGUCAUGCUCAUGGAGGCUCCCACAGCUCCAGCGGCGGAUCCACUUUGCUGGGGUAUAUUGGUAUUGACACUAUCAUUGAGCAGAUGAGGAAGAAGACCAUGAAGGCGGGCUUUGACUUUAAUAUCAUGGUCGUCGGUCACAGCGGUCUUGGAAAGUCGACUCUGGUGAACACCCUGUUCAAGUCCCAGGUGAGCAGGAGGAGUGCAGGAUGGAGCCGUGAUGACAAGAUCCCCAAAACUGUGGAGAUCAAGGCGGUGUCUCAUGUCCUUGAGGAGGGGGGUGUGAAGAUGAAGCUGACAGUCGUCGACACUCCAGGCUUUGGAGACCUAAUCAAUAAUGACAACUGCUGGGAGCCCAUUGCCAAGUACAUCAAUGAGCAGUAUGAGAAGUUCCUGAAGGAGGAGGUCAACAUCACGAGAAAGAAGCGCAUCCCUGACACCAGGGUGCACUGCUGUCUGUAUUUCAUCACCCCUACUGGACACUCUCUUCGGCCUAUCGACGUCGAGUUCAUGAAGCACUUAAGUCACUCGGUCAACAUUAUUCCCGUCAUAGCAAAGGCAGACACGAUGACCGUUGAGGAGAGACAGGAGUUCAAACAGCGGGUAAGGAAGGAGUUGGAAAUGGGCGGGAUUGAGUUUUACCCACAGAAAGAGUUUGAUGAGGACAUGGAGGACAAGAACGACAACGACAAGAUCAGAGAGGCGAUGCCCUUUGCUGUGGUGGGCAGCGACAAAGAAUAUCAAGUGAAUAGCAAACGGGUUCUGGGGAGGAAGACGGCGUGGGGCAUCGUAGAAGUUGAAAAUCCCAACCAUUGUGAGUUUGCUCAGCUGAGAGACUUCCUGAUCAGGUCUCACCUCCAGGAUUUGAAGGAGGUCACUCACAACAUUCACUAUGAAACCUAUCGUGCCAAGAGACUGAACGACAACGGAGGUCUCCACCCCAUAUCCUCCAACGGCACCCAAGAGAGCAACCUGUAGUCAGUCCAGUCAGUGAGAAUGAAAACAGUGCAAAUGAAGCUGAUAGAUGAAUCUACAGAAUACUAUUAUCAUCGUCACCGUGGCAUCGCUGCAUGCUUGGAAAACAUUUAAAAUCUGUAAAAAUCGGUGUCAUUUAAACAAAAAAUUUUUUUUCUGAUUCCUAACUCCACCGUUCAUCGUCUUCUACACUUUCUUCCCCGCAAACACAUAUCAGACCCCUCUGCUUUCAUUCCAAAUCAUCCCUAUGAAUGUUUGGAUGAAAGGGCAGCCCCAAACAGAUAACCUAGUGCCAUUAUAAAAUUGAUCAACUGCCAAUGCCUUGUCUUUUAUCAUUAAGCGGGUAGUAUACGAUUAGAAAGUGCCACUUUAUUAUGUCUAUAAGAGGCAAAUUUUUAAGUUUUAGUGUGUGUAGCAAAUGAUGUCUGCUCAAAAUAUUAAAAUCAUAAUUCCUGUGCAGUAGUGAAGCUCGAGACAGAUCUGCAGUUGACUCUGUGCAAAUUAGCUUUUUUUAAACUGUUAAUUCAAAGAAAGAAACCCCAUGGCGUUACUGUCAGGAAGGCUUAACAAAACAGUGCGAGCUGAGCUGUCUUCUUUUAUACUCCACCCUCACAAAGAAAACAAAUCUCUCGAAUGUUCCCCACCCCAAUUAUGUUUGUUUUUCCAUUUGAAAAUAGUUUGCGUGCACAGACCUGCAUACUAAAAUGACACAUAUCAGUCACAUAGGAAAUGCAGUUCUGUGGGCGGCAGCGCGUGUGUGUAAUUAAAGAGUCCACAAGAUGCAAACUGCAGAUGCUGUGACUCCAUGAUUCACCGUAAUAGUGCACACAAGCUGCACACUUGCAGCUCAGCAUGCUUUGAUACGCCACAGUGGGUGUAGAGGAAACAAAUUUGGUCCAGUGGAUUUGUGCUCACGUGCAUUAGCUGUGUAUGCUCUUGCAAUGACCCCGGAGGGUAAUUAUACAACAGAUCAGUGGUUUUAAUAAAUAUUACAUAUUUUUUGUCCUGAAUUCAGAUUAACUUUGGACAACAUGCACACCAUUUUAAUGUUAAUAUAAAAGCCUGCAGCAUGUCAUUUAAAGAAAAAACUCAUGUUUUUUGUUGGACUCGGUAGAUUUAACGCAUUUCUCUCCUCUGGGCAUUCAUAAAAAGAAUAUUUUCUGACCCAUAAGAAAUCCGACCAAUGGCAUGGUGCUGAUAAUAGGUGAACAGUAAACUUGUUUGAUGUCUUGUGCAAUUUUUUUUUUUUUUGUGAACAUAACACUUCUCUGGUGUGGUGCCCAGUAUUUGUGUAUUUUAAAAUUAAAUUCAUAUUGUUCGCCACUUGAGGGCAGCACUCUGCCACGUAUAAGCAGUGAGUCUGUAGAACAAGAAAUAGGCCCUCCGGACCAGCUUUGUGUCCUCAGAUGUUCUGACUGCUGGGAUUUUAAGGUAUAUUUUUACAGUCCAGUGAUAUUUCCUGAUGACGUUUACAGAGUUUGGACCCUCCACUGCUGUCAGUGAAACUAAUAUAUCUCUCCAGGUCAGGUUUACAAGAAGCUUUAAUUAUAUUACCCUGAUGGUAUGCACUAAAAGUUUUGGUGUGAUUAUUCCAAUUCAAUUUGAUUUAUUAAGUCGUAAACAUGUUUACCAAGUUUUCUUCAGGAGCUCAAAGUCUGCAGUAGAGCACAAAUAUGCCAAAACUACAAGUAAUUAAAUCUUUCUAAUUUAUAUCUAUCAAUCUUUUUUUGUUUUAAGUUGAAUCAUCAUUUUAUACAAUCAUACACGUGUGCGAUUUUGAUAUGAAAUGUGACGUCUGCAACAAACUGAUAGUUAUUGUCUGUGGUUUUAGUGCAGUCACAGGUUUCAAGCAGAAACAGUGUUUAUGUGUGCAUGCUUGUGUCCAUAUCGCCUGAUUGCGAUCAGUUCACACAUCACUGCAACUUUACAUCAACUUAUCAACCAUUUCUGAAUGUGUGUGUAUGUUAAAUCGCUAUUUCAUGAAGUAAAAACGCUGCUGUCUUAACUCCUGUAACUAAACUGACAGCCCACUAUUCACGUAUCACUCAUCCCUUUGAAUCAGUAGAACUUCACAGUGUACAUUUGUUUAAUAACCACUUUUCUCAAAGUUGCUGUGACACAUUGAGAUAUAAUUUACAGUGUUAUAUUGAGUUAUUUAUACAUUAAUGUCUUAUUAUUGUAAUUUAUUCUUUAUUUAAUAAAAGUACAUUCCCAUGUU